GGGGGGAGGAAAGGCAAGGGGAGAGAGAGACGGAGAGAGAGAGAGAGAGAGAGAGAGAGCGAGCACAGGGCUGCUGGUGCUGUGGGAGAAAAGACGGGGGAAUUACACUUAGCAGAAAAGACAGGCAGAGGGGAGGACACACUUCCAGGUGGACACCCCCAGUCCUCGACCAUCUCUCCCCUCCAGUCCGGCUGCCCGUGUCGUGUCCGUGAGACGGUCACCGCACGUCAGACUCGGAGGGAACACACACCGCCGUCCACCCUCUGAGUCCAUGGGGUAACAACAGACUAUUGAAGGAGAGGCUUUUGUUCAGCUACCCAGAUGAACAACAGGAAGGAGGACAUGGAGAUCUCUUCUCACUACCGUCAGCUCCUCCGAGAGCUCAACGAGCAGAGGCAACACGGCAUCCUGUGUGACGCCUGUGUCAUUGUGGAUGGAAAGAUCUUCAAGGCUCACAAGAACGUUCUUCUGGGCUCCUCGCGCUACUUCAAGACUCUAUACUGCCAGGUUAAAAAAGGGGCCGAGCCACACCACCAGACUACAGUCACUCACCUGGACAUUGUGACUGCGACAGGCUUCAAAGCCAUCCUGGACUUCAUGUACUCCGCUCACCUCGCGCUCACCAGUAAGAACGUGAUUGAAGUCAUGUCUGCCGCCAGCUACCUACAAAUGACAGAUAUUGUCCAGGCGUGCCACAGCUUUAUUAAGGCCGCCCUGGACAUCAGCAUUCGCUCUGAGAUGGCGGACGAACUAUCAGACUUUGAAAUGGGAGCUGUCACCGCAGCAGGCAUAGGAGGUGGCAGUGGGGGAGGCGUAGGAGGUGUUGGUAUCACGGGAGCAGGAGGAGUAGCUGGAACAGGCUUAGGAGGAGGUGGGAUAGUGGGCAUGGCCUCCGAAGCGCUCGCCUCCAUCAUGUCUGGUCGCAGCACCUCCCCCUGGCUGGCGCGCCGCACCAGCCCUGCCAACUCCUCCGGGGACUCGGCCAUCGCCAGCUGCCAUGAGGGGGGCAGCACGUAUGGCAAGGAGGACCAAGAACCCCCCAAGAGCCACGAGAGCCAAGAGGAAGCUUGCCAUGACUCCCAGCCUGCUUGGCCGCACGACUACAGGCCUGUCAAUGUUAAAGAGGAACAGGUGUCCCCUGCUUCUUCCUCGCAUCCCCGGGACACCCCCAGGGGUGCCGUUCAUAGCCAAAGGGAUCAGGUGGCAGGGGGCAUGAGCGCAAGUGGAGACGGACCCUGGCAACCCUUGACAGGGUCAGGGCGGAGGAAGAACAGGAAGAACAAGGACACAGUCAGACAUAUAACCCAGCAGGCCGAGAGGAACUGGGACAGGGACAGUAGGCCUGGAUCCCCUCUGCCGUCCAUGCUGGCUGUGGCAGGCUGGAACUACAAUGGACAGGAUAUUCCAAGCGCAGACGUGACCGAGGCCAACAGCUCCGACAGCCGCAGCGAACGCCUUGACUUUUUCCUCAAACAGGAAGAGGCUCUGGCGGCAGAACCGGGCUUCCUGGGUCCCAACGAAUCAGAAGAGGCGAGCGGAGGAGGAGGAGGCGGCGGUACGAUCUCAUCGGUGGCCAACCUGAAGGCGGCACUGAUGAGUAAGAACAGCCUGCUGUCACUGCGGGCUGAGUUGAUGGGAGAUGAUAACCCCUUGCUCUUUGAGUAUCUGCCCAAAGGAGGACACUCCCUGUCUUGGCUCCGCUCCAACAACUACCGCAGCACACUCCGGCCAGGGGCCACAGGGGCCACUAUUCAUAACAAACACAGGGCUGGAUCCUCUCCUCCUCCUCCUGCUCUUCUUCCUUCUCAUCUUCCACCAACACCUCUACCGUUACCGCCAUCAUCAACAUCAUCCUUGCGUCCACCCACUCCACUGUACCCCACUGAGCCCCGCCCCUUGGAGGCCCCUGGUUUGCGGACAGGAGCAUUCCGGUUGCACUCGGACACCCUAGACAUGGAAGUGGAAGAGGCCCCUGAGGGCCCGGCGCUCUCCACCUUGCCCGAGGAUGGUGGGAAAGACAAAGAAGAUCUGGAGGAAUACAACACAGCCUUGGAAGGUGACCAGUCUCCCAUUGAGAAGGAUCAGAUGGCAAAAGGGAGUUCUGCUUCUGGUUUAACAGUCCCUACAUUCACAGCUUCCAGAGCGAUAGAAGGGCUGGCAGUGCCGGGCACUGAGGCUCGAUCAGACCUUGCCCUCCUGAAUGACUUCACGGUGAUCCGCAAAAAGUUCAAGUGCCCCUACUGCAGUUUCUCUGCCAUGCACCAGUGCAUCCUGAAGAGGCACAUGCGCUCCCACACCGGCGAGAGGCCGUACCCGUGUGAGAUCUGUGGCAAGAAGUUCACCAGGAGGGAACACAUGAAGAGGCACACGCUGGUGCACAGCAAGGACAAGAAGUACGUGUGCAAGGUGUGCAGCCGUGUCUUCAUGUCGGCCGCCAGCGUGGGAAUCAAACACGGCUCCCGCCGCCAUGGCGUCUGCGUCGACUGCUCCGGUCGAGGCAUGGUGGCGCUGCUUGAUCACAGCGGCGAGGCGGGAGGAGACAUCUCUCCCGAGGAAGAGCUCUACCCGGUCGAUCGCUUCCACGACGACCAGGCGGAGUGCGACGGCGAAGAGCAGAUGAUGGCGGAGGGCGACACAGAGCUGGUGGGCGAGGGGGAGGAGGAGGCGGCGGCCAAGUGGAAGGACUCGGGGAUGGCGGGCCAGACUCGCCGAGCGCUGGACACUGAGAAGGAUGAGAGCGACUCCUCGGCGCAGGAAGGCGAGCACCAGAACGGCAGCGAGAAAGACUUUGCUUGGAUCUCCUAGAAGUCCUGGAGUCUUCUUUGGGAUCACAACCGAGUCCGCAGACCUUCUGGGAUCUUGCUGGCCUCCUUUCACCUCUCGCUGGCCGGAUGGGGGGGCAGUUUAUGAAUAGUUUGUACACACACACACACACACACACACACACACACACACACAAACAGUGACAAGACGGCGGAGGGAAGAGCUUCUUUCUGCUUCUCGCCUCCUGGAGUCGUCUUCUUGUUGUUGUGAAAGCGCUCGACUCAACGUUGUGUGGUCGCCGUGGUAACGGAGGGGUCACCCCCAGUCAAGGGCAGGCCCUCCGACGUGAGAGGAGAUGGGAACGGAUCGCAGAGCCCGACGGGAGGAGACGAGUCCCACUGCCACAGACUUGCACUUUAACCUCCAAGCUCCUCUCGGACCCCGGCUUCACGUUUGACCUCCAUCUUGGCGAGCGCCGCCACCUUCUUCACGGCCCUGUUGACUGUGGGCGCCCAGUCUGGGCCCCCACGGGGUCCCUUCUGACAGGUGUGCACCAGGUGGGACAAUCUCUGGCUGCCUUUGUCGCCUUUUCUUUUUCUGUUCUUCUCGGCCACGCCAGACUGUUGAAGGUUCCAACGGCCAUUUUGCUUGCUUUCGUAUUUAUUGAAGGAGCGUGCACUCUUCAAGUGGUCUUCACUCCCCGGAGUGUGGGAGUGGGACGUAUGCAAGGAUGCGUCUUAUUCUGAUUAGCCCAACUAUGAUUGCUGUUGUUGUUGUUGUUGUUGUUGUUGCUAUUAUUCUUCUUCUUAAGUGCUGGAUGCUAAGCUUUAUUGUCUUCAUUUUCUAUCCUGUACAGUGGACAAAAACAGCUUUUAUACGUUGCCUUGUUGUGGAUAGCAAGCCAUGGAGGCUUUGGUCGACCUUCUUAUCGUCGAUGCUUUGUUCCGUCACACUUGAUUCUUCUCUCUCGCAGGGGAGGAAACAUGUGCACCGUAACGAUGGUGACAUUUAUUCUGCACACGCUUUUGCAUCACGAUAUCGAACCAAAAACAAGUGCUUUUUGUUCCAUAGCGUGUGUGUGUUUCUGUGCGUGUGCGUGUGCGUGUGCGUGUGCGUGUGCGUGUGUGUGUGUGUGUGUGUGUGUGUGUGUGUGUGUGUGUGUGUGUGUGUGUGUGUGUGUGCGCAGUGCCAGCCCAAGCCUCCAAGGGGCCCUAAGCAAAAUUUGAUUUUGGGGCCCUCUAUUUUGAUUGUUGAUCAUUCACACACCUACUAUAAACUCAUUGCGGCUCUGGCAGUGUUGUUUACAUUAUCCUAUUGUCAGCCUGGCAUGUCUUUACAAAUGACAUGUCAUUUAUAAAGAUACGGGGGUGGCCCAGUUAAGAACAGAAAUAAUACCAAUGAAUCAAGUAAUGAUGUCCAGAGUACCACAUAUGGUUCCUAAUCUUAAAAUGUAGAAAACAUUCAGCUACAAGAGUGGCCUGGGGUUGAACAGUCCAAGUGAUAAAGCUUUGUAUUUACAGUAAAAGUGUCAUCUUGUCUCAAUCCCCGCUUCUGCCAUCCUAGUCACUGCCGUUGUGUCCUUGGGCAAGACAUUUUACCCACCUGCUCCCAGUGCCACCCACACUGGUUUAAAAAAAAAAAAAAAAAAAAAAUGUAACUUAGAUAUCAGGUUUCAGUAUGUAAAAGCGCUUGGAGUCGCUAGAGAAAAAGCGCUUUAUAAAUAUAAUUCACUUCACUUCGUCAGUCUUGUACAUAUUAGUCUUUAAUUACUAGUUUAUAUUUGUAGUAAAUUGUUCAUAUUUAAUGGUUACUUUGUACAAAGAGAGCGCAGUCUACUGAAGUUAAAUUCCAUGUGUGUUAAACAUAACUGGACAAUAAAACUGAUUCUGAUUCACUUUAUUAUUUUUGGCAACAAAAACCUGUAACAGCAAUGUGCAAAAAUAAUUCGUAGUGCAAGAAAAACAAUAAAGUGCAACAAUACAAUCACUUAAAUAUAUAUGAAAAGGAACAAAUUCAAUUGUACCAAAAGCCAACAUAAUUCAAUUAAAUAUCAAGCAAAUACUUAAAUAAUAUUAAUGAACAGAAUUACCAGAAACAAGGUAACAUAACGGUUUAUAAACAAAUAUAAAGUUACUACAUAUUAAAACUAUGUAAAUGUACAUAACGAUGUGCAAAAAGUUUGGGGGGGGGGGAAUCAAAAUAAACUACCUUAAUUAACACAUUUGACCAUCACAUGAGUUUUGUUUCUCUGUUCUUCACCACCCACACCACUCCUUAAAACCUGUGCUUAAUUGAUUGAUUGAUUGAUUGACACUUUUAUUAGUAGAUUGCACAGUUCAGUACAUAUUCCGUACAGUUGACCACUAAAUGGUAACACCCCAAUAAGUUUUUCAACUUGUUUAAGUCGGGAUCCACGUUAAUCAAUUCAUGGUACAAAUAUAUACUAUCAGCAUAAUACAGUCAUCACACAGGUUAAUCAUCAUAGUAUGUACAUUGUAUUAUUUACAUUAUUUACAAUCCAGGGGAUGGGAUGAGGAGCUUUGGUUGAUAUCAGUACUUCAGUCAUCAACAAUUGCAUCAUCAGAGAAAUGGACAUUGAAACAGUAUAGAUCUGACUUAGUAGGAUAUGUACAGCCAGCAGAGAACAUAGUGAGCUCAGAUAGCAUAAGAACAAGUAUAUACAUUAGAAGUACAUUUGAUUAUUUACAUAGGUUGUUUGUAAUCCGGGGAGAUGGGAUGUGAAUGGAGGAGGGUAUUAGUAAAGGGUUGAAGUUGCCUGGAUGUGUUGUUUUAGAGCGGUCUUGAAGGAAUAUAGAGAUGCACUUACUUUUACACCUGUUGGGAGUGCAUUCCACAUUGAUGUGGUAUAGAAAGAGAUUGAGUUAAGACUUUUGUUAGAUCGGAAUCUGGGUUUAACGUGGUUUGUGGAGCUCCUUCCUGGCUUUUCUGGAGGGAAAGUUAUUUAUGACAUCGCUGUAAGAAAUCUUUGUUAUUAAUACUAAUCACUGCCAGUCCACUCGGUCUUUCUUGAGCCAUGGAAGAUCUCAAAUAGUUUUUUAUUCAUUUGAGCUUAGAAAAGCUCCGCUCUGAAGAUGCAACAAUCACAGGAAGAGUGCAGACUCGUACAUGCAAAAAAAUAAGAAUUUUUUGUUAAUUGCUUUUGGGGGCCCCUUGGUGGCCGCGGGGCCCUAAGCAAGCACUUAGUUGGCUUAUGCCCUGGGCCGGCUCUGUGUGUGUGUGUGUGUGUGUGUGUGUGUGUGUGUGUGUGUGUGUGUGUGUGUGCAGGUGCUUUUUUAAAAUAUAUUGUUGUGUUUGGUUUGUGUCAUGCUUCGGUCAAAGUGUUAUUAUCGUGAACAUGAAGGGCUGCAUGCAUUUUGGUCAUGACACACAAUCAAGGAGGGAAAUGCAAAUAGAAACGGUGCAUAUUUUCUACCUAGCAACUCUCUAUGGCUCAUUUGCAUAAAGAGGAGGCACACGAGGCCAUGACUGCACUUCACUUAUUUAUUCUUUCCUUUAUCUGACAGCUGUGAAGAAGAUGGAAGGGGCGGCUCUCGAUGAAUGUUUAUUGUGGGUGUAGAAGCCCACAUAGCAGUGCUGUGUGUGUGUGUGUGUGUGUGUGUGUGUGUGUGUGUGUGUGUGUGUGUGUGUGUGUGUGUGUGUGUGUGUUACUCUCCGGCCUUGCACUCCUCUCAUAACCUCGACCUCGUCUUCUUCCUCAUACUGGGUUGUACUUCAGGAAACCGUCUCCCAUCAAUCCUCAAAUAUGUGCCUCAAUGACCUUUAACCUGCGUGGUUGCGCUUGAGAGAAGUGGGCUGAUUGUUAUUGUUAUUAUGCUUAUGAUUAUUACCUUGAUAGGCCUUGAGUCAAAUCACAAGAAACAUUUUGAGACAAAUCAAAAACGGCGACUUUUUGAGUUUGCUUCCCGCCGCGUUGUUGUUGGGUUUCUUUUGUUUGCAUGUCGGUGUUGAUUUUGUGGAACCAAAGCAACGUCCUCACACACCUGUCUCAUUUCACUCCAUGCAAAACUGGAAGUGUGGAUUUCUCGGUCCUGUUGGAUGCAUGGACACCUGCUCAUCCUUCAAGAAGCCAUAGUUGAUGCUAUGCUAGAUAUCAAGUUGGUGCUUUUUACUUUAGAGUGUGUUCUUCUACUAAGACUGAUGUGUGUGUACCUUCAUAUAUAUAUAAAUAUCAAUUUAUAUGACUAUUAUUAUUUAUUUUCUCUCAACUUUAAGAGGGUCUUUGAUUUGUACAAAGUCGCACUUGAAGCCUAAGCUUUGUUUCUUUUCACUGGGAAUAUUGUUCAAACUGACUUUAUAUUAAUGAUCAAUAACUUGUGUUUGUAACAAAAUGUGCUUAAUCCACAAAAAGGACGACUGUGCUGCUUUUUUUUUUGUUUGGUUCUGUUGGAGGCAAAGGGAGUGCUAUUGUGCAAAUAUUUCUUUGGUGGAUGAUUCUGGUCACAAAACAUUUUUACCAACUUUUUGAGCCUCCAGUUGUGAUGUUGGCCAAGCAAAUCUCUUUCUAACGUUAUGUUUAGUGCAAGAAUUUGCUUAUUAUUAUUUGCAAAAACCAAUCAGUCUCAAUAAAUUUUGAAAUUGCUGCUGUAAAAAAGUC